AAUUAUGACGAGUGGAAAGAUUCGAUUUUUCGGUUUGUUCUAGCCGAACCGAAACCAAUAAGUGGUUGAACUUUAACUACAAAAAUCCAAUUAUCGCCCCCUUUGAAAAAUAGCUCAUUUCUGACACCCACCUAAAUUUUACAGCGAGCACAAAGGGGGGAGUGGCUUCCGCGUAAGCACCCGCCGCUGCAUUAGACCAUUCCCUUCUUCCGUGCCAUUCUCUCCUCAGCCUGACCAUGGCCUCUUCCCCUGCCGCCCCAAUGUUUCGCCGGCGGCGGACGCAAGCUCCGCGGCCCGCUGCUCCGGCCCCAUCACCCGGAGAUUCCCCCGGCGGCGACGAUGACGGCGAGUACGACGACCUGUGCUGCGAGGAAUGCGGAUCCGGUGACUCUCCGGCCGAGCUGCUUCUCUGCGACAAAUGUGACAGAGGCUACCAUCUCUUUUGCUUGAGACCCAUUCUCGUUUCCGUCCCAAAAGGCUCCUGGUUCUGCAACUCCUGCUCUAACCAGAAGAAGGUCAAAUCAUUUCCUCUGGUCCAGACCAAAAUCGUCGAUUUCUUUCGCAUCCAGAAGCCUUCAACACCAAGAAAAAAACCCAUUGAGGACAGCCCAAGGAAGCGUAAAAGAGUUGGAAGUUUAGUCAUGUCCAAAAAGAGAAGGAAGCUAUUGCCUUUCAACCCAAGCGAGGACCCUGACAGAAGGUUGGAACAGAUGAGAUCACUUGCCACAGCAUUGCUAGCCUCCGGGACACGGUUUUCUGAUGAUCUUACUUACCGAAGAGGCAUGACACCUCGGUCUGCGAACCAAGCAUCUCUUGAGAAGGCAGGAAUGCAGGUCUUGUCAAAGGAAGACACCGAAACCUUAAAUCUGUGCAAGAGAAUGAUGGAUAGAGGAGAAUGCCCACCACUUAUGGUCGUUUUUGAUCCUCUGGAAGGGUUCACAGUGGAGGCAGACAGAUUCAUCAAAGACUUGACCAUUGUCACGGAGUACGUUGGUGAUGUGGACUACUUGGAGAAACGUGAAGACGAUGACGGGGACAGCAUGAUGACGCUGCUCUCUGCUGCUGACCCGGCCAAAAGCCUCGUCAUUUGCCCUUAUAAGCACGGGAAUGUAGCUCGAUUCAUCAAUGGAAUCAACAAUCACACCCCGGAGGGGAAAAGGAAGCAGAACUUGAAAUGUGUGAGGUACGAUGUCGAUGGCGAGUGCCGAGUUUUGCUGAUUGCCAACAGAGAUAUACCAAAGGGAGAGAGACUAUACUAUGACUAUAACGGGGUAGAGGGAAAGUGAUGAAAAAAUGAAAGAAAAGGAAAGAGAGGAAAGGAGAGAAGGCUUCUUGAUUUGGUGCAUUUCAAGGUUCAAUGGAACAAGUGAAAGAAAUGGAAAGGGUUUUGAAGUGGGGCAAUGCAGUGGGGAAAAGAAACAAUUAAAACAGAGUUGCAGAAGCUUGUUUGGUGGAACAUUGUCUCCGAUAUCACCCUCACACACACAACUUUUUAGUGAUACAUAACCCUAAUAGAGAGGUAUCAUGCUCAAAACCACCGAUAUUUUUAAACGCCAGUACUUGUUCACUUUUAUAAAGUGAGAGAUAAUUAUACAUGAGAGAAUAUCGUCAUAGAUGAUGAAGUCAUAAAGAAGAAGAAGUGAUGCAAAUUAAAUGCUCGCGCGAAACCCUUUGACCAGUUCGAUUUGUCUUGCUACCAACAACAUCUUAGAUAAGCACUACUCGUGUGGCCUGGAAGAAUGACACACAUAGUCCUGAUUGCUGGGGUUUUUGUUUCCAGUCGGCCAUGCUCUCGCCUUGCUAUAUGUACGUUCAUUUAUAUUCCAGAUGUUAUUGAUCGAUGUCGAGCUGAAGUCGGGUGUACUACGUAUCGACUCACAUUCCUGAAUUGGAUCAAAUUUAUCAUUAUUCGAGUAUUGGUCGGCUCUCGGCCUAGCUUGCUCACACGAACUGAUGCUUUGGUGCAUUGACAUAGUCGAAUAUACGUACAUGAAUACGUAUGUGAGUACGUAUGGUAGCUUGUAAAACACGGGUAGUGACCAGUGGAUUGCUGGAGUUACACGGAUCGCCUAUGCAUAUAAUCGAUGGAUAGAUAAUUAGCAAAGAGAAAAACGACACAAAUUGAUUAAUUAGGUUUGACUAACCAAUAAAUAGCAUGCAACAACUUCCCAAAUUCGGUUAAUUUGGAUUCUUAAUUAUUUAAUGAUGUCGGUAACCACUUAUUUUACCAAUAUUAUCUUCCAAGCAUUCAAGCAGAAUACCUUUCAUUCCACAAAAGCAAAACCUUAAUUCAUAUCCAAGUUUCGACAAAGGAACAAACCUUUGAUUUUGCUCCCUCGUGCACCUCAAACACAAUCAAUGGAUUGCCAAAUACAUCCAAAGACGAGCAAUAAUGAUGUCUUAAUGUUGCUCUUAAACUUUUGAGAAAGUGGGUGGUUCAUAAAAGGGAACAAUGAUUGCUAAUGUUGUGUCAUUAGGUGAGUUAAUCACUGAAAAUUAGAGCACUAAAGUUGAAUUGUUGGUUAAUAUGGAAACACCUUGGCUAUAAGGUGCCCUUUUUCACUUGACUUUUCGGGGUGUUUGUAUUGUCACAGUGAGGACAUGAACCUAACUACAACAUCUAACUUAGUUGGACGAUGAGACCUAUGUGCAGAUCGAUGUUUUUUGAGACCGUAACAUUAUUGCUGCCUCCGAUGUGGAUUCUGAGAUUCUCGUACUUACGGGUCGUUUGGACGAGCAAAAUUGAGAAAUCGAAAAUGUUUGAUUUCUGUUGGAAAUUCUUGUCAUAUAGAAUUCAACUACGAAUUCAUGCAAAAUUUAGGGCAAAAUCGAUGAUGGAUUUUGAGCUAAACGAUGCGUACUGUGGAGUUUGAACCCAAAACCCUUGCAAAAGAUCAGGUGCAUAAUUUAUUUAGAUCUAACCCUGUAUAAUCCAUGAUUAUUAAUGGUGAUGUGCAAUGAAAGAGGAACUUCAAA